AGAGCCGAAGCAUCUAACGAUGAAGCACAAGUACCAACCCAUCUGUAUCCUAAGCUCCCCGACCGGUGUCAGUGUGACCGAAAGAGAUUAUGUACACUAUUAAGGUGUUGGUGUGUCUCGUACUUUGUACGGCAGGAACCUUUGGCGCACCUCAACGACCAUCGGGUGGCGCUGACAAGGAUGCGGUGAUUACGUCUCAACAACUCGAAGUCAAUUUCGAUGGCAAUUACGUAAAUAAUUUCGAAACGAGCAACGGCAUCAGCCAUCAAGAAUCCGGCCAACCAAAACAAGUGGACAACGAGACUCCAGUAGUCUCCCAGGGUUCGGACUCUUACACGGCACCAGAUGGACAACAGGUUAGCAUAACGUACGUCGCUGAUGAAAAUGGAUUCCAGGUUCAAGGUUCGCAUAUCCCAACGGCACCACCAAUACCUCCUGAGAUCCAAAGGGCGCUCGAAUGGAACGCGGCUCACCCCGAGGAGGAUGAUGGUGGUCAAGCCAGACCGAACCCGAGAGGUUAAACAGCGAAAUUUUACCUCAAAUGUGACCUGAUUCCAAGCCAGCUUGCCAUGGAUAGAACCGACCCUCGAGCUACCUACGCAAACCAUAAAAAUAAAUAUAGUUUGGUAUAUUAAUCUAGGAUUAUACACGUAACCGAAAG